GGCAUUGGCGCGAGACGUGGAAACAUUAGUACUGCUCGGCAAUUAAUAUUUAUAGAUUGACGCUAUGAACGCUGGAAAUAGUUGAUGUCAAACUGUCAUUGUACUUUUAGGAAAGAAGAAACUGUGCUAGAAGAAUGAAACUAGAUUCAAUAAUAUGCGGUGUUUGUUGUUUUACGUUGUUGAUAAAUUUAACAUCCUGUUUCGAUUGGGCUUCUUCAGUAGCUCAGUUGAAAGCAGUCGCAAAAACCGAACAGGUUUUGGUGUCUCGUCUUCAAAAUUUUAUCAAUAAUAAAACAGAGGAAUUAGGCAGAAUUCAAAACUACGUCGAUGCUUUGCGGAAAGUUUCGGAUAAGAUCUCAUCGAGUAAAGAAGAAUAUAUAUCACAUCCAAUCAACCAAUAUCAUCUCAUUCAAAGAUUUGCGAAAGAAUGGACGAAGGUUGGAGAUUUGCUGCAGAUGUUUAACGAAACAGGUUUUGAACUUACCCAAAACAUAUCUCGAAUGCGGAAACUAUAUCCAACCGACAAUGAUUUAAACCCAGCAGCAGCUGGCAUCGAAAGACUGCAGCGCGUAUACGAGCUUUCUAUAGACGAACUUAUUGAAGGAAAUGUAAAAGGUGAAAAGUCUGGUUAUAAACUUUCUCCUGGUGACUGCUUUCUGAUCGGAAAAAUAUCCUGCAAAUCAUUUAAGUGCGAUGCGUGUAAAAUAUGGAUGCAACGAGCAUUAAAACUUAAAGCAGACGAAACCUUCACAAAUGACGAAGCACUGGCAUAUGAAGCGGUAUGCCGAGCAAAGCGAGGUAACUUAACGCAUGCUUUUGCAAUAACUGAAGACUUGUUGACACGUGAUCCAUUCAAUGAUAUAUUGUUGGGAAAUAUGUUGUACUACAGAAUGUUUCUUCGUUAUCCACAUCUGUUCAUUUUUCACAAAGAUGAAAAUGCUGAAGAUGAGAUUAAACAAUAUAAUCAAAUUUGUCAAGGAAAAUUUAAAUUGCCACACAAGGUUUCGAAGAACCUUCGAUGUUACUUGUACACAAACAAGAAUGACCCGAGACUGCGAAUUAAACCCGUUAAAGUUGAAGAACUUUGUAACUCUCCUCAUAUAGUGCAGUUCUAUGACGUCAUAAAUAAUGAUGACAUUGAGACAAUAAAGAAAAUGUCGAAAAAACACCUCAGUCGGGCUUUGGUAACGGGUCCUAAUAACACCGGAAUAGUUGAAGAUAUCCGGACUAGCAAGGUAGCGUGGUUUAAAAAAAAUGACUUCACAGCGGUGAAAAAACUUUAUACAAGAAUAAGUGAAAUGACCGGCUUAUCUGAAGAGACGUUUGAGGACUUACAGGUGGCAAAUUAUGGCCUCGCUGGUGAAUACCAGCCUCACUUUGACUAUACCGAGGACCCAUCAAUUUAUAAACGCGAGGAUGGCGCGGAAGUGGGCAAUAGGAUUGCUACAAUGUUGCUUUAUUUAAAUGACGUCAAAGAAGGAGGUCGUACGGCUUUUAUAGAACCCAAAAUUGUCGCAAAACCGAUCAAGGGUAGCGCAGUGUUCUGGUACAACUUGUAUCCUUCUGGUUUAGGUGAUCCGCGAACUCGACAUGCGUCCUGUCCAGUCGUUAUAGGAAAUAAAUGGGCUUCCAAUGUUUGGGUUCACGAAGUACAACAAGAAUUUAAACGGAAAUGUGGAUUAAGACAAGAUGCAGAUAACAGAAUAUUUUAA